ACUUUUCAGACUUUCUUUCUUAUUGUGUUAUUAUUCCUUUAAAUUGUCUCAGUUCUGCUCUGCUCACUGUCCCUCAGUCAUCUGUCACUCACCCAGCCUGUCAGUCACAUCCACCUCAUCAACUCCAUUCAACUGCACUCACCUGCUCCUGAUCAGUAAGAAAGUGUCAGUAAAUAACAUGUGGACUGAGGCCGAGCACUCGUCCUCCUCAGGUUUUCAAAAUAAGACACAUUCUUAUUGAAAAACGAUGGACAGUUGAUAAGUAUAGAAACAAACAGGAAGUGACUGUCAGGAGCCAGCCCUACUUUAAACAGUGUUUAAUUACACACACCUGCUCAGUGACCAACACACAGAGAAGAAGCUGAUGAAUGAAACAAUGGUCCAACAUGUCUGAUCUGAUAUUUAUCUUCAGGUCACAGACUGGACUGAGGUCAGCAGCAUGUUGAGAGUCUGUGUUGAAAUGAUGAGAAUCCACAACAACAGGAGGACACAUUCUAAUAUUCAUAUUUCUUUAUCCAGGUUGAAGGACUGCUGUCUGUCAGAGAUCAGCUGUUCUUCUCUGGCUUCAGCUCUGAUGUCAAACCCCUCUCAUCUGAGAGAACUGGAUCUGAGUGAUAACGACCUGCAGGACUCAGCAGUGGAGGAGCUGUGUGGUUUUCUACAGAGUCCAACCUGUCGACUGGAGACUCUGAGGUUGGAGAUCUGCAGACUAUCAGAGAUUAGCUGUUCUUCUCUGGCUUCAGCUCUGAGGUCAAACCCCUCUCAUCUGAGAGAGCUGGAUCUGAGGGGAAACUACCUGCAGGACUCAGGAGUGAAGGAGCUGAUUGAUCUAAAGCAGAGUUCAAUCUGUCGACUGGAGACUCUGAGGUGGAUGAGGUGAUCUCCGUGGAUCUGAGUGUGAAGAGGACAGUGUGUGUGGACGGAGGCUGAGCUGUGUCCUGUGGAUCCAGAGGCUAAAGCAGCAGAAGCUUGUGUGUAGUCUCCAAUCUACACAAUAAUCUGCAUGUGUUUGUGAGAUGAGGCCGGAGCACCUGGAAAAAACACGGGGAGAACAUGAAGACUCCACACAGGAAGACCCCAUCUGAACCGGAUUCAAACCAGCAACCUUCUUGCCCCGAUUGUGUUUAUUCACAUGAAGAAUGUGUUUAUUGAAAUGACACAACACAAGCAGAAUAUAUAAACCCUCUAUAAAGAGUCAGAUUCAGUGUAUUUAAGUUUGUCUUUAUUAUUGUCCACCUUUGUCCCUCAGUACGUCUCCAUGUGUGUAGAACCACAUUCUGUGUAUUUGUUUGUUUAUGAUCUUAAAGUUCCUGGAUUCACGUCACAAAUUGAUUUAGUUCAACACAAAGUUAAACACAUUGAAAUCACUUUGAGUUCAAAAUCAGAGUUUUGUCUUAGACACAAAAGAUCAAAACUCUGGACUUAAAAAUGGGACGUUUUCAUUUCUGCAUCAGGUGCAGAGCGGUGGUGGCUUUUCUACUUUUGACCCACAGGUGGCGCUGCAGUAUAACAGCAGCACAUCCCAGUCAAAGCCUUUAUAUUCAGUCUAUGAGUCAAACACAUGGAUCAUUUCCUCUGUGACAAACCAGAUGUAACGAGACGAAAAACAUCUCAGAGAGAAAAGUUCAGAACAAGACCACCACCUCAGAACAACCACCAGAGGGAGACUGUAGCAGGCCUCUGGGAACAGCUGCAUGCUGGGAAAUAAUUGAUGAUGGGCGGUUCACAGCAGAGUUAAGGGACAGAAAGUGUCUGAGAGAUGAUGUCCUGAAGACAGUGGACAUGUUGGGCCUAUUGUGUUGUACAGUUUGUGUUAUUUUACGGAGACACUUGUCUCAAUAUGAUGGUUUCACUUCAUUUUCAAGCCCUGGUGGAGGUGUGUGGUCCUCAUGUGGUGGAGGUGUGUGGUCCUCACCUGGUGGAGGUGUGUGGUCCUCACCUGGUGGAGGUGUGUGGUCCUCACCUGGUGGAGGUGUGUGGUCCUCACCUGGUCCACGCUGUUGGUCUGGCCUCACGUUUGGGGAUCAAGGCUGGAAACAGCAGCUAACACAACCUGAACUACUGUGGCAGAACUUCCUCUUCCUCUCAGAACACUUCCUCUUCUUUGUGAUAAUAUAUUAGACAUCCAGACAUUUUGAAUGGGUGCCUAGUGCUUGUUCGUUGAGUCUGCUAUUUUCACUUAUAUAAAUAAAAUCUGAAUCUGA